AGCAUUGCGGUGCGCGCGAGUACGUAUAAAUAAAUAAUAAAUAUAAAGUUGCAGCGGGCGAGGAGAGAGAGAAACACAAAAAACCAUUAAGAAGAAGAAGAAGAGGAAGAAGAGAAGGAAGAAAAAAAAAAAAAAUGGAAGAACGUAUACGUCUUUCUCUCUCUAAGAGCUUUACUCAUUUCUCUCUCCUUCUGGUUUCUGUCUUCUUCUUCGCAUCCUCCGCCUCGGCGUUCGACCUCAACACCCUUUCCUUUGACGAAGCCUACACACCUCUCUUCGGCGACGGAAACGUCGUCAAGUCCCCCGACGGCGAAGGCGUUAGCCUCCUCCUCGAUCGCUUCACCGGGUCUGGAUUCAUUUCCUCCGAUCUCUACAACCAUGGAUUCUUCAGUGCUAAAAUAAAGCUUCCCGCGGAGUACUCCGCCGGCGUCGUCGUCGCGUUCUAUACAUCAAACGGCGACGUAUUUGAGAAGACGCACGACGAGCUGGACAUAGAGUUCUUGGGGAACAUAAGGGGGAAGCCAUGGAGGUUUCAGACGAACGUGUACGGCAACGGGAGCACCAGCAGAGGGAGAGAGGAGAGGUACACUCUCUGGUUUGAUCCCACCAAGGAAUUCCACCGUUACAGCAUUCUGUGGACCUCCACCAACAUCAUAUUCUACGUGGACGAGGUUCCCAUCAGAGAGGUGGUGCGCAGCGACGCGAUGGGCAGCGACUACCCGUCGAAGCCCAUGGCUCUGUACGCCACCAUCUGGGACGCCUCCAACUGGGCCACCUCCGGCGGCAAGUACAAGGUCAACUACAAGUACGCCCCCUUCGUCGCCGAGUUCAAGGACCUCGCCCUCCAGGGCUGCCCUGCCGAUCCCAACCCCAUCCAACAACUUCCCGCCUUCGCCGUCUGCGCCGAGGAGGACGCCCGCCUCGAGGCCUCCUCCUACGCCGUCGUCACCCCCGAGCGCCGCCUCGCCAUGCGCCACUUCCGCCAGAGGUACAUGUACUACUCCUACUGCUACGACACCUUGCGCUACCCCGUCCCGCCGCCAGAGUGCGUCAUCAUCCCGUCGGAGAAGAGGCGGUUCAAGGACACCGGCAGGCUCAAGUUCGGCGGCACCCACCGCCACCACUCCCGUCGCCGGAGCAGGUCUCAUGUUGCUACGUACGAUGACCAGGCGGACAUGUGAUGCGUUGUGGGUUAAAUAUUGAUUUUAUGGUGCAUGCAUGUAAAUUGGGAUGCGUGGUCGGCCGGCGGCUGUCGGCGGUGGUAGCGGUUGCAUUCACAUGUCUAUUUUUUCGUUUUUUUAAAGGAGGGAAAUACAUUGUGGGAUAAAAAAUAUAUAUUGAUCACUUGAUCAGCGACCCUUUUAUAUUUUAUUAAUUUGUUAAUUAAUAUACUUAUAUAACAAUAUAAUUGGACAUAUUUGAAACA